ACAGUCUUUUUAAAAAAAUCUGAACGUGCUUUGUUUUAUUAUGAGAUUUAUGACUGGCUUGCUUAUUUAAAUAAAUUCUUAAUCCUCUAUUAAUAUCCAAUUUGCACUUUACGUGUUCCUUAUUUUACGAAAUUUAUAAAUUUCGGUUCUAUUUAAAUCAAAUUUAGGAAAUUCAGUUUUCGUCUGAGGUGUUACUUGUAAUGUAAUGGCUGAAUAUUAGCAUGGCUAUUGCUGUUGUUGAUAGCAAAAAAGUCAUUUUCACUGGGCGAGGUCAAACCAAAUUAUUUAUUUACAAAAAUAUAUUUCAGUGGCGCCAAUUGUAGCAGAAAACAAAAUUUUUAGUUUUUGUAUUCAUAUCACUUCAUAUUCCUACGAACUAAUUAGUGCUAGCUACUCUACAUUGUCGUCGUACUAGGACUGACGCUGAUUCAGCUGAAUUCUAAUUUUUUGAAAUUCUGAUUUUUACGUCAACAUUUGACUUUAAGCUAUGGCUUGUGCAACACUUAAAAGAAGUUGUGAAUGGGAUCCUUUACAGAGUCCUACAGGAAGAAGUCCUAAACGUCGCAGAUGUGCAGCAGUUAUGUCACCAUCGCCAAAGAUUUUCAAAUCUUCCUCCGAACCUCAAUCUCCAUUCGGAGAAGUUACUUCCAAACUAACCUCAGAGCAGAUAGCCCAGAAUAUUAGAGAUGAAAUUAAAAAACUCCAUCGAAGAAAGCAACUUCGAUUUGAGUCAAGCGACAGCUCUGAUAGCUCCUCCGGAAUAUCUGCUCCAACUUCCAGUUCAGGUCUCAUGGCUCCUACAUGCCGGGAUCAGCCACUUUUCACUUAUCGUCAAGUUGGUAUGAUUUGCGAGCGAAUGAUUAAGGAAAGGGAAAAUCAAAUUAGAGAUGAAUACGACCGCAUCCUCAACGCUAAAUUGGCCGAGCAGUAUGACACUUUUGUCAAGUUUACUUACGACCAGAUUCAAAAGCGCUACGAAAACUCUACUCCCAGUUAUUUAUCUUAAUCACUUCUAUUUGCGAGUUAGAAAAUAUUAAUGCUACCGAACUAUGAACUUGAGGUAACAUUCAAAAAAUUGCUGCAUUGCCAAUAUAAAUUUCUUGCUUUUACUUUUCCUUCCCAAAUCUAGAUAUAUAUUUUUGUUUUCCUUUAUUUCAAAAGCUGUAUUGUAUAGCAGCCAGAAUAUAUAUAAUAUAAUGAAUUUUUGUCUCAUUGUAUGUGUGGAUGUGUCUUUAAUAAGUUCUUUUUGUUACCCACUCAUAUAUGUUAAUAUUCUGCUGUAAAAUAAAUAACCGUAUUGAUUGUUUAUACAAGUGACAAUUUUGUGUACAGUAAGUAGCCAGUUGUGAAUUUUUCAAUCACCAAAAAAAAGGACUAGUAAUGGUGGAGUUUCCGAAUUGGAUUUGCUAAUCAGGUGUGCAUCGAGUUCUAAGACUUACUUUGAACUCUUGUAACUCUUAAGCUAUGCAAUAUCUGUAUUGAUUUUGAAUAUAACUUUAUAAUUUAUUAUGUUACUUCAAAGUGCCUGGUACGAAUUUCUGAAUAUUUUUAUUUGUGUGAUGUAAGAUUGUAAAACUUCAUAUAUUCCAUUAAAAUUCUGAAUUAUUUAUCAAAUUUUUCUAAAAGACAUUUUACUCUUUCUUAUAACUUGUACAAUUUCAUUUGUAGACAAAUUUUGCUGUACUCAAUUUUGAAGUAAUCAUUUGCAAGGCUAAGAGGCAUAAAAAUAUUUUGAUCUUUAUUAUCAUUUGCAAGAAAUUUGUUUGCUGUGCUUGAUUGAUGCAAUGGUUAAAUAGAACAUUUAUUUUGAGUAUCAGAAAUGGAUGCCUUAAAAUUUAUAGCUCAGUGUUAGUAGAUAUAACUUGCAGAAAAUUUUAUACUUGUACUUCAGGCCUAAAGUAACCUGUCUUAAAUAAAGUGUUUGUUCUAUAGCA